AUGACACUAAGCUUCUUUGACCAAUUUAUGAGCCCCACAUAUCUCGGGAUUCCCCUUAUAGCCCUUGCCCUAACCCUCCCCUGAAUCCUUUACCCUACACCCUCUGCUCGAUGACUAAACAACCGCUUCCUUGCAUUACAAGGCUGGUUUAUUAACCGAUUUACUCAACAGCUUCUUCUUCCUUUAAGCCUAGGAGGCCAUAAAUGAGCCGCCCUCUUAACUUCCUUAAUAAUUUUUCUAAUUACCCUUAAUAUACUGGGACUCCUUCCUUAUACCUUUACACCUACCACCCAAUUAUCCCUCAAUUUAGGACUUGCAGUACCACUCUGACUAGCAACAGUCCUUAUUGGGAUACGAAAUCAACCUACACAUGCCCUUGGACAUCUUCUUCCUGAAGGUACCCCUGGUCCUCUUAUCCCUGUUCUCAUCAUCAUCGAGACAAUUAGCCUAUUUAUUCGCCCCCUUGCCCUAGGAGUUCGACUUACAGCCAACCUUACAGCAGGCCACCUCUUAAUUCAACUCAUCGCCACCGCCGCCUUCGUUCUUCUACCCCUAAUACCAAUAGUGGCAAUCCUAACUUCCACAGUUCUUGUCCUCCUUACCCUAUUAGAAGUUGCUGUAGCCAUAAUCCAGGCCUACGUAUUUGUCCUUCUCCUAUCCCUCUAUCUUCAAGAAAACGUCUAA